AACCUCCCUCCCUCCCUGUGUCCAUCUCGACAUACACCCUGCACCAGCAUGGUAUUGCUUGUCCUGGAUUGUGCAUCUUCUGCGGCGUUCGGGCAGAGGUAGCCAUGUUGUCUGUUGCGUCUUCUCCUCUUGGUCGAUUGCCACAACGACCUCCAACGCCUCCGCGAGAGGUCGCUAAAGCAGUGGACGAUGCCAUCGCUUUGCUCGAUGAUAGCAAUGAAGUCGAGCGCGCCUUGAAUGGGCAGAGCGUGCUGAAACUCCCUCGCGAACAGUCCGACGACUCUCCGCCUUCCUCACACGGCAGCUCCGGCAGCUCCAACACCGCGAAGAAGGUCGGCUUCUCCCUCACCACCGCCACAAUCGAUCCGGACACUUCACGUCUUUACCCCACUCCAGGUAGUCGAGGCGCGAGGAAGUCACUCUCUUCACGCCAUUCCAAGCCCAUCAGAUCGAUUCUCAAACCAUCGACACUACCUCCCACCCCCGACACCACCGAAUCCAAGCGCGCAGUCUAUUCUCCCGACACUCCGGGGAGCUUCUCCACGAUGAUGCAAUCCAUCGUCCAACAGCUGGCCGCGCCCGCUCGAAGCGUCAAACUCGAUGCGUACCUUGCGCUCAACGGCGUGUUGCAGACUUACGAUGGCGUGCCCGACGCCGAAGCAAUGACCGAGCACAGUGCCGCCAUGAUGCAAUUCCUUACCCGAGACAUGAUGUGGAGACAUGAAGAAGGCAAUCUCGACAUCCAAAUCAUCACCCAAUCGAUAAAAUUGGUCUGUGCCUUGCUCUUCGACCCCAAGCUUCGAGAGACCUUGGACGAUGAUUUCAGAAACUUCAUCACCGAUCGCGCCCUCGCCGUCCUCGAGGACCCUGACAUGCCCAAAGCCCUGGUGAAAACACACAUGUAUCUCCUCGCGAUGCCGGCGCUCCGCUCACCAAACAUGACUCCCGGCAAGAUCGAAAAGGUGUUGAUCGCUUUGAGGACCAUCCACGACACCUGCAGCGGAAACAAUGUCAUCGCAACCCGACUCGUCAUCUAUAAUCGCAUGUUCGACCGAGAUCCCCACACGAUGCUUGCCCGAACUGAUGACUGGCUGGAACAUCUGUUGCAUGGAAUGCUCAGCAGCAUCAAAGAAGUGCGCCUCCGAGCGAUCGAGACUUGCACUAGAGCGGGCAUGGUCUUUGGCCAGCAACCUCACGCGGCAAAGGCGCUGGAUGAGCUGUUUGAGUUUGAAACCGUGGUGGAGGAUGGGGUGACCUAUCUCGAUUUCUUCAAGACACAGCUUCUGCAAAUGAUCUCUGACAAGGAGAUUGGGCCGUGUGUACCUCAGAUUUGGGCCGCAGUCAUCUUGUUCUUCCGCAGCAAACGGCUUCCGUUGGAGAAGUGGACGAAGCUCAAGUCUUGGACCUCCAUCAUUCAAAAGUGUCUAAAUUCCAGCGACAUCGCGAUCCGAUAUCAAGCUAUCCUGGCCUGGAACAAGAUGGUCUUUGUGAUCAUGCCGAGCGCAGCCACGACGACUCCGAUCAUGGCCAUGCUGAAAGUGCCCAUUACCACAGGACUCGAGAAGAAAGGCAGCGACAAGUAUUCACGGCAAGUGCGGCAUUACGCUUUGGACAGUUAUUGCAAUCUUCUGCAUUACGCCUUCCGACCGGGAUUGUCACAUGAGGAGAUUGACCGAGCUUGGGAGGUGUACGUUGAGGGCGCUCUCUCCUCCAUCGACACGUCCACAGCCAGACGGGGCUUCAAUCUGUGUCGAGUACUACAUGGCUUACUCAACGGGCGUACUGGUGUGUGGAACGUAAAUGCGGCGCCUGAGCAGGUGGUCAUCCACUCGGCGGAUCUACCCAAACUCGACCCUCGAUGGGUUCGAUCCCGCUUGGACAAGGUGCUUAGAGUGCUUGAGCCAAUCAUUGCUGCAGACAUGUGGUCGGCAGCGGGUGCAAGUGAGGCGCUGGACGUCACCUGGUACUAUUUGAUGCGCGCCAUUGCCGACGCGGGCAAUCAAGAGGUCAAGACCUCGAUUGAGCUCAAGCAAGCACUCGCGCUUCUCGUCAACCUGUUCCGCAGAUUGUGGUAUGGGCACGGAAAUAUACCACAAGGCUGCGAGCGGAGCUUAUGGCUGAAGAAAUAUUUCGCACGACUUGACACCAUCAUCACUGCAAUCGGCCCUGGACCAUGUACCGAAGAAAUCCUAGCGGCCGCCGACAAUGAUACCAUCGAAGUUGCUCCGACUCCGUCCCACAAGCCGAAACGACAAUAUGGCCCGACGCAGUCCUUCUUAGGCAUACUGUUUGCGCAGUUUUACUCUCCACCAGACGCUAUGCGCAUAGACGAUUACUUUGAGGAUGCAGCAUGGGCAAUCCUAAAGAGAUUGACCUCUUCACAGCCUGGCUCAAUCACGAAACUCGCAUUGCUCGAUAACAGCUUGAAAUUCGCAAGCUGUGCACCGAAGUCUUACCAAACUCCCCUGGUCAAAGAACGACUUUGGACUGCUGCAGCUCGAGUUGCGAUGCAGCUCUUGAGUCCGGAAACACCAAUAGCUGGCGCAUCAGAAUCGCAGAGCGCCGGCCAUGGUCUUCGUCAUGCUCUCAAUGUGCUCACUGCAGGCCUAUCUCUACCGAGCACAUCCGCGACGACGUAUGACCUCUACAGCUCCAUCUUUGAAGCUGCACGAGGCUUGGCUGGUGAUGCUGGCGUUGUGCUUGCUCUAGUAGAACCGUUUUCCAAAGCUCUGACCAGCAACUCAACGACCAUAACCGUGCCCGAUAGAGUCGAGUUGGCAUGCGAGAUGCUCACGACAGCACCAUGGCCGCGCAGUCGUCAAGACAUGGAUUCGGCACACAAGGCUCUGUGGGGGGUAAGCAUGGCAUCACUCAGAUCACCUGUUUUCGAUCCGUACAACUCCCUCUACACAUUGACGAACAACCUUUCUGCGAGCCUCUACGAUGGAGUCGAUACCGACAAGCGUCUGUCCGCGAUCUCUCAAAGCUUCUUCACUGCCACUGUGGACUUUCUUGACCGAAGCCCCAUCUCUCAGCUCGUUCUUGCACUCCGCAGGACUCAAGCAUGCCUUACUCCGUGGAUCCGAGAUGCUUCUCGGAAGACGGACAUGAGUGAGGAAAUGUCGGGAUCUGUCUGUGGGCUCUGGUCUGGUAUUAUCAAAUUGCUCGGCAAGCUGCCUAACACGGACACGACCCUGCUCAAAGCGAUUGAUCAGCUUCUCGUCGCAGGUUUGACCAGUCCCCAUCGAAGUAUUGUCAAUUCAACAAUCAUCUUCUGGAACAAUACGUUUGGGACUCAGGAGACUCUGGAGUAUUCUGUCGAGCUGGAGAAGAUUCUUCGAGCCCGCGCCAUUGAUGCAGAGAUCACUCUUCCUUCUUUGUCCGACAGUAACAUAGGAGAGGCUGUCGCAGUGCUGCCGGAGUUUUUCGAAUCACAGAACGAAGCGCCCGCCACCUCCCUGCCUGUCCCGCAGUCGAUGGGCUCGGAGAAGAGUCAUUUGCUCGCAAGUCCUUUCAAGCCAACAGCGCGAAACUCGCUUGUCAAAUCUCCCCUACAGAAAGCCGUCGGUGCCUCGAGUCCGGCUGGACACAAACCCCGAAGAUCCGUCAGUACGACGCCCAAAGCACGCCUGCGACAUGACGAUUCCCAAAUCCAAUUCGAACACAUUGUCGACUCUUCUCCUCUCCCACAGGAAGACGAAUCUCAGCUAUUGACGGAGCAUCAGAAAGAAGUCAAAGCGCGGCAACACCAGAACGCACAACUGUUCCCCGCCUUCUCGUCAAGCCCACAGGCCCAAUCGACUGCGCUGCAGAAGAAUGUGCCCAAGCGACUGGACUUCACUGCUCAGCUUCAGGUGUUGCCAGAGGACAGUGAUGCGCAAGGGACCCCGACUGCGCUGCCAGAGAAUCCUGAGUCGAAUGAUGACGUUCCGUCCUCACCCACGCCUUCUUCCAAGGGCAAUAGUCAGACCGCUAUCGAGGUGGACGUUGACGACAAUGAGGCCGAGGAGGAGAUCGCCGAGGAUCCACCAUCUUCGCCUCCUCGUGCUGAACAUGCAACAGUGCUCGCCUCCACCGAAAGGAAGGAAGAGAAUGACAACGAUCAUGGCCACGAUAUCGAUGGAUCGACUACCGAAGUCAUGGAUUUUGCAUUGGCCAAUGCUGGUGUGGAACGUGAGCAAGAAAUCGGUGUGGCGUCGGUUGUGCCAGGCAUUGAACUCCACGACGCUCAACCACUCGAAGCUCUUACGGAGCUACACUCUGACACGGACUUGCCUACGAUUCAGCUUCAGCUGGAAGAAGAGGCAGCAUCUGGACCGCUCAACGUGGACAGUGGCGCACGAGAGCAUUCCACAAACGAAGGACAAGCGGUGUUUGACAACGACGAGCCAAGCCAAGUCGCGAUCAUGGACGAAGACAACGAAGUGACAAGGGUCGAAAACUCCUUUGUGAUAAUCGACAGUGCAGAGACACCGGGCGACUCGCAGUCGACGGAUGGCAGUCAAAGGUCAACUCGCAAGCGAAAGAGGACGACAUCCACGAAAUUCACGACGAAGAAGCAACGCAAACGCGAGUCGCCGUUGAAGCGCAUCGCCUCCUACAUCUGGGGCCAAAGCCAGGAGGAGGUCGACGAAGACGACGAAGACAUUGGUGAGGAGAUUGUGGUUGCAAGCAGUCAGAGGAUGCCGUCGCCAUCGCCCGAACCAGCAGAGCCGGCGGUGGAGGCGUUGUCCAUUCCGAUCACACCGAUGCCUCAAUUCGAGGUUGAAGCGCCGGAUGUGAUUGUGAAGGUAGAAGUAGAAGAAGAACAACCGCAGGCUCUUGUAAAGCGAGGGCGUGGACGUCCGAGAAAGCCAGAAACUCCUGUUGUCUCCAUCGGCGAGACUGGACCUGAGAAGAGACUCAAGCGAAAAGCAUCCACGCUGAGUAGCUCGAGUGCAGCAUCGGACGAGCAGACGUCUUCAAGCAUCGUCAAAGCUACGCCGGCUCCGAGCAAGGCUAGAAAGGCGCGAAAAGAUCAAGAUGCGGGAGAGUCACGAAGCCUACGCACUAGGAAAGUGGCGGCGGUGGUGAUCAAUCGAGACGAAGUGGUGGACAGCCAAUUUCUUGCCGAGACAACUAACGUGGAGGAGAACAAUGCUGAUGAGGGUGUGGAAGACGUUGGGGAGCCUGCAUCUGCAUCGCAAGCAGAGACUACGAGAGCCAUUGCGACGCCGAGAGGCAUUUUGAACCGCAUGCGGGAUGCAUUGGCCGAUCUUGGGGGACUUAUUCUCGGGUCUCAGGAAGAGCGGCAGUUUGAUGAUCUGCUGUUUGAGUUCCGCCGGGAGGUUCAUGAGGCUGGUCGGCGAGGGAGGGGAACUUAGAGUUGUAGGGUGAGAAGAUGAGUUGAUAGCUUACUCUAAGGACUAGACCAUGAUCUCGUUGCACC